UAAGGUGAGUGCUACACUCUAAUACUCGGCUACGACUAUCGGACCAACUUCCUGUGACACGUGUCCAUUUCUGCUCAUAGAAACUCUGCCUGUUAGAGGCGCAAGCGCUAUUCGUCUCUUAUCUGGCAAAAGGGAGGCGCGGCUAUAACCAUGGAUCCCAGUGUACUCGCCAACAUGGACAAGGACGUACUAAAGAAACAGAUCGAGAACAUGAAGUACCAGGCUAGUAUGGAACGGUGGCCCCUGUCGAGAAGUAUUGCCGCGAUGAGGGAGUACGUGGAAGAGAACGAGAAGACUGACCCGCUAAUACACGCGCCCGACAAGAAGAACAAUCCCUGGGCCGAGAGAGGCAAAUGCAUAAUCAUGUAAUCAGGACAUAGAACCGCAUGGGAGUAGGAGAAGAAGGAGAAGAAGCGGGGAGGAAGCAUCUGAGCGAACACCAUCUGAAGCGACCACGGGGGAGAAGGGAUGGAGGGGGCGAGCGGAUAAUCAUUUAACCGCGUUUCUAAGUGAAACCAAAAAGAAAGAGAGAAGAAACCGGGAAGAACGACAAAAAAAAAAAAAAGAC